UAAGGCAUUUAAUUAUAGCUGUAAUUAUAAAACAAACCUCUUUUUUGAUAUGGGAAAGUGGAAUUGUUGCGUACCUGAUUGUAAUAACAACUGGCUUAAUUCUCCUUCUCUGUCUUUCCAUCGAAUUCCAACCGAUCACAAUAUUCGGAAACAGUACGACAUCUUGAUCAAGAACGACAACUUAAAGUUCCUGUCUGCUAGUACGAGAAUUUGCGGUGCACAUUUUCCUGGAGGAGCAAGAUCUUUUACAAACCAGUUGCCAUCACUGUUUCCAUGGACGAAGAAACUUGCUACAAGAAGGGAUAUUGUAAAAAACGAUAUUUAUUUUCAUGAACGAAAGCGAAAAAGACACACGGAAGAUAGUGAUUGCCAUCAUAACAAUUGCAAUGUUGUUGAAAUUGGCAAAGAAAAAAAUGAUGAAAGUCAUGGAAACCCGUGUAUUACAAAUCCUAAAAGUCUUCAGUUUUUGUGCAUACAGAAUGUCGGGAAAGUAUUCCAACAAAACAGGAGAUAUGUUUUAUCUCUACGUGAAGAGAUUGGAAAGUUGAAGUCCAGAGGGGCAGAGAUUCGUCAAAAGAACAGAAAUAUAUCUGUCUUAGAAAAGGAAGUGAAACAAUUGAAAGAAGAAGUGCAGGUGCUCACAUUUAAAUUAAACAACGAGCCUCAAUUUGACCUUGAUAAUUAUAAAAUGUCCAAUGACAACAUUGCUUUUAUACUGGCUUUCCUACCUAUAGCCAUGUCCUAA